AUGCGACGCCGCCAGGAGAAUAUGGGGUCGCCUUUAAAAUACUCGAGGACUACUCCGAAUCUACGAGCUAAUCAAAAACUGAACGACGCUAUUGAUGGCCUGGACGACGAAGACGAAGACGAAGACGAAGACGAAGAGACGUUACGACUCAAGCUUGCUGCCAUUGAAGCAAAGCUGAAGUUGAAGCAGCUUCAGAAAAGUCGCGCACGCUCAAACACGUUGGAAUCGAACGAUACACAGUCCAGACCGGCAUCGGCAGUUAGCUUCUCGUCGCGGUCACAAGAGCAGGUAUCGAGACUUAGGAGCCCCAUUCAAACGACUCGCAGACACGAGCCGGAUGAUGUACAAGUCCCUUUGUCGCCUGUCAGACGAGCGGCUCCUCCAGUUGAACCUGCGUCCCCGCGGAGAUACCUUCUCGGCAUCGACAAGGGUCUCAAAGGUAGCGAUGUUAGUCUCAAACGUCCGCCAAACUCCCGCUUGGGGACACGGCCAACAAGUAUGCACGGGACUCGUGAAGCUGCCAUGUCUCACUCCGGCGAUAUCUUCGCAUCUCACGCGCAGAUGCUGGCUGCAGAGGAGAGUGGGAAACGGGGCAAAACAUUUAGUGAGCGGAUUGCUGAAAGCCGAACGGCUGAAAAGUCUCUCAGGGAACGAGAACUGAGGCUUCAGGUUAAUCGAAGCUCCGCGUUCCAGUUCGACAAGACGGAGAUGGAGACAUUUAGGACAGCAGCGGCUGAGGCGAGAACAAACGCUCCUCCCAGGUCACCGACGAGAAGCCGUCCAGUCGAGACUUUCAGCAGAGACGACGUCGUGCGAUCGUUUCAGAAUCUCAAGCCUUCCAUCAAACGAAGCCAGACUGCACCCAGUGUGCGCAAAGACGCAGGCUCCGAGGGAUCACGACCAUUUUCCCAUAGGCGACCCAAUCAAUCUGAAACCGGACCGGCAUCCUCUCAGUCUCGUGGAGAUUCUUUCUCCGACCUUGACAACGAAACUCAAGACGAAGUAACAACGAAGACACCAGAUUCGUCCAAGUUUGAGCCGUACUCGUCGCUUCACCUGUCGAAUCGAAUACUACCGCACUCCUUUCUAACUAGAACCCUCUCCGACAAGAAGAUUCUUCGCAUUCCAGACCUUCUGAGGACAGUGAGAGGGCCAGACUUUGAGCUUCCCGAAGAGAUUGACGGAGACUACGUUGUAUUCGGCAUAGUUGCCUCAAAGUCGGAGCCAAAGCAAAUCAAGGAUACCAAAAAUGUAUCUGCGAAAGAAGUUGAUCCCUUUGAUGAUGGACUGAACAACAGCAACAGGUAUAUGGCUAUCACGCUCACAGAUCUCAAGUGGACAAUUGACUUGUUCCUGUUCGACACUGCCUUUCCUCGAUAUUACAGGUUAUCAGAAGGCAUCCUUAUUGCCAUCCUGAAUCCUACCAUCAUGCCGCCUCCCAAAAAUAAGAUAGACACCAACAGGUUCAGCCUCUCCAUUUCCUCAUCAGAUGAUAAGAUUCUCGAGGUCGGAUAUGCCCAAGAUAUAGGCUUCUGCAAAGCUGUCAGGAAGGACGGCAAGACAUGCCAAUCAUGGGUGGAUGGCCGAAAGACCGAGUUCUGCGAUUUUCACCUCGAUCUCCAGGUCCGUCGGGCGCAGUCACAACGGAUGGGAGUCAACAGUGGCACAGGCAUGUUUGGUCCUGGGGGCCGUUCAGGCCCACGGACUGGAGCUUUCGCGGGUGGGAAGAAACCAGGAACCCCGAACGGUCUGAAGUCAAAUGGUCCCCAAUAUGAUUUGGGAUCUCAGUCCUUGUACUACAUUGCACCCGCUCCUAAAUCUCAAGGCGGCGGCGCUCAACAUUCCCGCCACAGAGCACCCGGCCAAUCUGCCGCCAGUCUCAUCGACGCCGACGACGAAGAUCCGUUCAUCGCAGCAGGCAUGAUGGGCCGUGGGGCGGAAAGCAAGGAAGAACGCUUCCGGAGACGUCUUGUGCAGCAGCAGCGCGAACGAGACAUCACUCAGAAGCUAGUCACCUCUCGAGCUGGCAACGUGGGGGCCGAGUACCUCCGCGCAAGAGCAAACAAGCCCGCAACAUCCUCUCAUCCCGAAAGCGCCGCCUCGUCUUCACAAGAGAAAUCCAGCUUCGAGGCCUCCACCCCCGUUUCUGCGACCAGCCUCGGCCUAACGGGCUUCAGGAGAGCAAACGCCGUCAAGCUCAGUCCACUGAAGCGCGCCUACGAUGGCGACAAACAGCACAAUGGCAGCGUCAAGAAGACGCGAUUCAUAACGUCCAACGGUAUCAAGGAAGCCGGACGGGACAGCCUGGGCGGCAGCUCUAAUGCCAUGACAAAACCUAAUGAUGAUGAUGACGAUGACGAUGAACUAGACAUCAUCCGAUAA